GUCAACUCAAAUGACAUCCUAUCUUUUUACGAGUAAAAGAAAAAAGUCGUUUAUAUCAAGAAAAAUGGCAAAAAAUUCAGACGUUGAAAGCAAAAUGUCCUUGGAUAGUUUAGAAGAAAAUUUCAAACAUAAAGCGUCUAUUAAAAAUGAGUAUGCCGAAGAUAACGUUGACACAAUACUCGUGCCGUUUUAUGAGCAAGACAUAUUGAUAAAAGUUCCUAAAGCACAAAGAUGGAAUCAUAAUACUGAUGAUAGAAAAUCUACAAGCAAACCUGUCAAGAAUUAUUUAGUAAACAAACGUACGAGUAACCCUCCACGAGUAUCCUAUUUAGAGGUGUUUCGUAAAAGGAAUAACUUAAAACUAGACGAUGACACACCAUUAGAACAAGAUAUACGUUCUCUAUCGCCUGAGGUUGGCGAUACAGAAAGAGAAAGUAUUGGAGACGACACUAACUAUCAAGUGACUAAUGAUUUUCAUAAUACUGAAUCAUACAAUGAAAUGUAUUAUGCGAAACUGUUGGAGAAAGAACGUAAUCAAUAUUUGGAUAAUUCAUUUGAAUUCGAACAUCGUUUGACUGAAGACAAUGAUAAUAAAUCUACAAGCGAGAAAGAUAAUUUACGAAGCGUAUCUGAAGCAUCUCUACCUAAACGUGCAUCACAUGCGUCUGAUAGAAGAGCUACCAUUGAGGUACUGAAUAAUGUCAAAUUAGGUGGUCUAGGGCCAGAUAUGGAGAAAAUUAAACCAAGACUAGAAAGAGCCAGGAGUCUGCAGAGAUAUUCCGAAAAGGUAAGAAUGGAAAAUCGAGUGAAAAUUUAUAAAAAGUCAAUAGAGCUAGAGAAGGAAAAAAAGCCAGAGAGGCAAUCAUCAGCUAAACAAAGCAAUAAAAUUGAAGAUCAACAAGGCGAAGGUGCAACACAUUCUUCUUACUUAAUUAAGAAGACUAAGGAUAAAAAGGCCUUUUUAAAAACAAGAAUUGGCUGUAAAUCUUCAGAUGAAACACAAAAUAGCAAAAACUAUUUAAAUGAAAGAGAUAAAUAUAAAAAAGACAAAAUUCGUAAUGUUUAUGAAACUAAAUCAAAAGACACUAGACCCAAAUUAAGUAACACCGAUCACAAAGAAAGAGUUAGAAAUAAAGAAGAGCAUGAAUUAAGAAAGAAAUCUGCACAAUAUAAGACUACACAAAUGAUGGACAAAACAGAUGAAGUACCACCGGUUCAUAUAAGUUUUAUGGUGAAUUUUAGCGGAGUACGACCCUCUAGUGCUCUGAAGAAACUUGAGGCUAAACACAAAAUGUAUCAGGAAAAAGUAAAAACUUAUACAUUGGAAAAGAACAAUCCUUAAUGCUUUUAAAUAUUAUUUUUCAGUUUUACUCCAGUAUAUUUUCUGUUUGUAAUGUCAGUACUGAUU